AAAAAAUUUUGUCAAUGCAAAGUUUAAGGCUUUUGAUAAUCAAAUAUGGGGUUGUGGUAUCAUCUAAAUGUUUACUGAAUACACAUUAUUUUAAAAACUAUUUCAGGGUAUGGAACCAGAUAUGGUAGUCGAAAUGUUAAAGGAAUUAGAUGAAAAAGGAGUGGAUAUAUUACAAGUAGUAGGAGAUGAUGAUUCCACAGGGUUUGACCGAGCUAAGCGAUUAAUGCCCAAUUCAAAAAUGGAAAAAAUAAGUGAUAGAAAUCAUAUCAAACAUAACAUUAUUUCAAAGAUAAAUGAACUAAAGCCAAAACACAAAGAGUUAACUGGAAUGGUUUGUGAUGCAAUUGUUAAAAACUUUACAUACGUUGUCAACCAGAAUGUAGGUAAUCCGAGUGGUAUUGAGGACGGCCUACAUGCAUCAAUAAAACACAUAUUUGGCGAACAUGAUAACUGCAAUGAAACUUGGUGCGGAUACCUUAAAGACAAGGAUUCUUAUAUCCAUUCAAAUCUUCCACGUGGAAAAGACCUAUGUUCGUCUGAACUCAGAUCAGAUCUUGAGAAACUGUUUAUUCAAAAAAUGGUUCCACAGUCUAAAAAGCUAUCUAACUUGGGCUCAUCACAGGCAAAUGAAAGCUUCAAUAACUUAAUUGCUCUCAAAGCUCCAAAAACCAAACAUUUCUCCACAUCAGCAUCUUUAAAUUAUAGAGUCAGCUCAGCUGUACUCCAAAAGAAUGAGGGUUAUAAUUACAUUGCUGAGUUAAACACAUCUAUAGGCCUGUCACCUGGAAAUGAGACCCUAAGCAGGGGUAAUAAAUUAAACAAGAAGAGAGAGGGCAACAAAAACAGAUUCAAAAGCAAACAGGGAAAAAGACAACGUAAAGUUCUCAAAAAGAAACGCCUCCAAAAAACAACAGUGGCUGAAGUCAAAGAAGGGAGAACAUACCACAGUUCAAUCGGGUUAGAAGAUUUUGCAACAAUAGACAUAGAAGAAAUACCUGCAAUUCCUGAAGCUGAAACCUUUACAAACAUAGAUGAUGCACCAAUAGUUUGUUUUGAUUUAGAGACAACUGGUUUAAGUAGAUAUUCUGAUAUAACCCAGAUAGCUGCAUGCACCAAAGACAGUUCCUUCAGUCGAUAUAUAUUUCCAGACCAACAAAUUUCAAGAGAAGCAUCAGAAAUAACAAAAAUCACUAUUGUAGGACAAAAAAUGUAUUACAAUGGUAAUGCUGUUGUUUAUAAGCAUAAACAUGAAGGAAUGACUGAUUUUUUAACUUAUUUGUCAAGUUUCACAGAUAAACCUGUAUUGGUAGGACAUAAUAUAAAACGAUUUGACUGCCAUGUUUUAUUUCAUACCUUAAAAUGUAUGAAUAUGUACAGUGAACUAUGUGCAAGUACUGUUGCAUUUUUAGACUCUUUGAAUUUGUUUAAACUUGUUUCACCUGGCUUGUCAUCUUAUAGCCAGUCUUUUCUUGUUGACAAACUAUUAGGUCAACAGUAUGAAUCUCAUAAUGCUGUGUAUGACACAAAAUUACUUUUUAAUUUAGUCACUGAGAAAGGUAAUGUUUCUCAAUUUAUUAGUGAACUUGCUUUUUCACCUAGCUACCCUCAGUUAUACCAGAUUCAAUUGGCCAACUUGAAAACUUUUGAAAAGCUAGUUCAAUCAAAAUGUCUGUCAAAAGCUAUGGCACUAAAGACAGCGAGGUCUAACCUAAGGUUUCAACAUUUCCAACUAGCAGUACAACGAAAUGACAUGGCAGGACUCAAAGCCUUAAUGACAGAAAAGUCUUCAACUGGGGUAGUUAGAGUGACAUCAAACAAAAAAAUUAUACAAAGAGUAUAUGAGUAUCUAAUUAGUCAAAAGUAAAGGAAAAAUAUGUUUUGUUAUAUAAGGUAGUCAGUCAGUGGUAAUACUUUAAGAGCAUAUGAUACAGUUACAGGGGAGGUCAUGAAGUUUUAACAUAAAAUAUUAUUCCUCCUGUAUGAUAAGAAUUAGAAAAUUGAUCGUUGUUAUGCAGAACUUUACCUUAACUAAUCUUUUGUUGAAAUUCAUGAUCAGAGAUAAACAUUAAUGUGUACUGUAAAUUACUGUAAAUGGUAGCGUGAGCCCUGCUGUAAUAUUUGUAAAUGUAUUGUAGACAUAUCUUCAUGAUAUAAACCAAAUUGUUUUGAUAGUUAUACAACUUUAUAUGAACCUUGAAUUUUUUUAGAUAUCAAUUUUUUUAAGUUUGUGUAAUAAUUUAUUGUUGAUUGGAAAACCAUUACUUACUGGAUGAGAUGCAUUUGAGUUUUUAAUGCAUACAUAAUCCAGUGAAGUAAUUUAUCAGGCUAUAACCCAAAUUUUGUUCAUAAAGAUAGACUGUAUGAACAUAGUAUGAUAAAUUUUGACUGUACACUUUCUUGAAAAAAAGUUCAACUUGAGAUAAGAGUUUUAAAAUAUGUUGAAUUAACAGUUCUAUAAAUCUUAGUCUUUUCUGUGUUUUUUUUAUAUAUAUUUUGGUGGAUUUUUUUUAUUGCUUGUACAGGCAAUUAGAACAAGUAUAUAGAAAUUUUUGGAAAAUAGCUUAACAAUUAUAAAAAAGCUGCAGGAACAAUUGUAGUCUUUUCUCUCAGGUGUUUAUAUUAGUAAAAAGACAUCCAAGGUUAUUGAGAAAUGUUAUUGCUGUUGAAACUUUAAAAAGCUAUCUAUAGAUAACAUACUUUCAUCUAUUUGUACAGAAGUAUCAAAAUACUGUAUAUUCAAAAAGUAAAAUUUUGAAUGAGAUGUCUGGCAUAAUUAUACUCCUACCUCUGUGGAUGGGAAAGAAGGAGAUCUCCAUCUUUAAAAGAAUGAAUAUGGGAUAAAAUGAUAUCAGAAAGACUUAUACAAGUUACGGCAAAUAUAUUCAAACAAACAGUAUUUUGAUGACUUCAAUCAUGACUAUUUGAUGUUUACAUGAUGAUACAUGUAUUCAGGUAUUGGUCAGGUCAAUGUUUGUGCUGAACAUAGUUAAUGAAAUUUUACACAUAUUCAUUAUGAUCUACAUUUUGCAAAUAAUUGUAUAAUAAACCAAAUUAGGGUUAAAUCUAGAAUUUGUCAUGUUGAAGUCCAAAGCAAAAUGUCUUAAUAUGUUUUUAAAAAUUUAUAUUAUUAGCAAGGCCUUUGCAAAUUUUAUUCAGUGAAAUUAUUUAACCUAGUUACUACAAACAGUAUUUCUAACUGAGAAAAACAUGUAAUUUAUUUGGCAUCUUUAUUUAAUUAUAUAUGUACAAACAAACGUAAGAACAGAUAUCCAUUGAAAAUAAAAUAAAUGUAUUAGAUCA